CAUACAUUCUUCGUGGCAUGCGGUGUAAUAGCGGUGUUAGUGUUGGGCUCGGCGUGUCUGAGUUUGAACUGCCCUCGUGUUCUGUCAGCUCAGGGACCCUCGAGUAAUUAUGAAGUGGUCUACAGCUGGCCAUCUUUAGAUUACACCUGGCCCAACGACUCGGUUAAAGAAGAAUAUAUCAAACAUGGCAAGUUCGUAGUGUCAACAAACGUACCUUCAGGAAUGAAGGUGUACAAGGAUGAGGUUUACGUCACUGUGCCCCAGGUGGUGUCUCGGGGGUGCCUGCCACUCUCAACAAAAUCAUCCCCCCAAUCAUCAGGCAAAUCUGCACUUUUGCAACCAUUCCCCAGUUGGGAAAACCAUACCAUUGGUGACUGUAAAGCCUUCCAGUUUGUUCAGGCGAUAGAGAUCGAACCAAGCCGCGGCCUAAUGUUUGUCGUGGACACCGGGCGGUCGGGGGUGUUCGAUAGUGUAAAAAAGAACUCAUGUCCUGCCAAAAUUGUUAUCAUCGAUAUUGACAAGAAAACCGAAUUAGGACGUUAUACAUUUCCUGAAGAAGUUGCUAGCCAGACAGAAAACUAUCUCAACGAUAUCGUCCUGGAUUAUUUUGACAACCAGUCGGCCUACGCCUACAUAACAGACACUGGAAAGCCUGGCAUCGUGGUGUUCGAUCUCAAGGGCAAUACGUCAUAUAGGUUCGAAGACGCUAAGACUAUGUCGAGUGAGGCAGACAAGCCAUCGUCGUUGACGGGGUACCUUUGGGCACAGAUAUACCCAUCAACGGGAUAUGCAAUGUCGGCUGAUUUCCGCUAUGCUUACUUCUCCGCGGUGACAGGGACGAGUCUGUAUCAGGUACCUACCAGUGCUCUCCGGGACCCCAAGACCAAUAUCACCACAGUCAUCAGGAAAGUGGGAGACAAACCUUCUCAGAGUGACGGUCUGAUUUAUGCCCAGAAGAAUCUUUACUUCGGUGGUCUGAAUGACAGAAGUCUCUAUAGAUGGGAGGUCAGUAAAGACGUGAAGAGCGCGGGAUCAGAGGGCAAUGUCGCCCUGGUGACCACAUCCGCCAUUUUGAAAAACGUUUCCGAACUGACGUGGGGUGGAUACUUUUGCCAUUGACGAAAAAGGGUAUUUGUGGUUCACAUGUUCGAGUGCGGGACAGUUAUUUACGAACCAGUUGAACUUUUCGUCUUCUGACCCCAAAUUUUGGAUGAUAAAAUUGCAUAUUGGUGAAAUGAGCUACCUUAAUCUUAACUCUACCGAUGGAGGGCCAGGGGAACCUGGGAAUCCUAAUAAUAAUAACGCGGCAAACGGUGUGGCCAUGGCACUUUUGAUACCUACAAUAAUCUUUAUUGUCUUCACACACCGUUUCAUUUAGCAUAUAGAACAUAUUUCUACAUUUUAAAUACCAGCUAUUGUUCUCGAUCUCAUGUGAAGAAUUCGCGAACGUUAUCACAGCAGUAAAAUCUCAGCAUUUAUGUCUAUUAUAUAUUAAAUGUUUUACACUUGUGGCAAAAUCCUGCUAGGACAUCUCAAGAUAAGCAAGAUAUGGUUUUCUAGAAGGUUAACCGUACAUGAUGCACACGCUAGGCCCAUGCACGUGGAAUGAACAUAAAACGGUCCCAGAACUGAACUAUCUACAUGUGGCAUAACGAAACCGUUGUG